CGGAUGCGACCGGGCGCUGGCGGUUGCCAGGGCGACGGGAGCUUCCAAAAGCCGCUGGUGCUGGCAGUUGGCUGCUUAGAAGUUUCCCGUUGCGGGCCUUGACUGCUGGGGUCGUCCUCUCAGGGUUCCUAGGAUGUUCUUUUACCUGAGCAAGAAAAUUUCUAUUCCCAAUAACGUGAAGCUGAAAUGUAUAUCUUGGAACAAGGACCAAGGAUUCAUAGCCUGUGGUGGUGAAGAUGGAUUACUGAAAGUUUUGAAAUUGGAGACACAGACAGAUGAUGCAAAAUUGAGGGGUCUUGCAGCUCCUAGUAACCUUUCUAUGAAUCAGACUCUGGAAGGUCAUAGUGGUUCUGUUCAAGUUGUAACAUGGAAUGAACAAUACCAGAAGUUGACUACCAGUGAUCAAAAUGGGCUUAUCAUCGUCUGGAUGUUAUGCAGAGGCUCUUGGUAUGAGGAGAUGAUCAACAACAGAAAUAAAUCAGUGGUUCGAAGUAUGAGCUGGAAUGCCGAUGGACAGAAGAUCUGCAUUGUGUACGAGGACGGGGCUGUGAUAGUUGGUUCAGUGGAUGGGAAUCGCAUUUGGGGAAAAGACCUGAAGGGUAUACAGUUAUGCCAUGUAGCAUGGUCCGCAGAUAGUAAAAUCUUACUUUUUGGAAUGGCAAAUGGAGAAAUACACAUUUACGAUAAUCAAGGAAACUUUAUAAUGAAAAUGAAAUUGAAUUGUUUAGUGAAUGUCACCGGAGCAAUCAGUAUUGCUGGAAUUCAUUGGUACCAUGGCACAGAAGGCUACGUGGAGCCAGAUUGCCCCUGCCUUGCAAUUUGUUUUGACAAUGGGAGAUGCCAAAUAAUGAGACACGAGAAUGACCAAAAUCCUGUUUUGGUUGAUACUGGCAUGCAUGUGGUAAGUAUCCAGUGGAACCACACUGGCAGCGUGUUGGCUGUGGCAGGCUCCCAGAAGGCCAGCACUCAAGAUAAAGAUGCAAACACUGUGCAGUUUUUCACUCCCUUUGGUGAGCAUCUGGGUACUUUGAAGGUUCCUGGAAAGCAGAUGUCUGCCCUAUCCUGGGAGGGAGGUGGCCUGAAAAUUGCUCUAGCUGUUGAUUCUUUCAUAUAUCUGGCAAAUAUUCGACCUGAUUAUAAGUGGGGUUAUUGCUCAAAUACUGUAGUUUAUGCUUAUACCAGGCCUGAUCGUCCAGAAUACUGUGUUAUCUUUUGGGAUACAAAAAACAAUGAGAAAUAUGUUAAAUAUGUGAAGAGUCUCCUUUCUAUUACUACCUGUGGAGAUUUCUGCAUUUUGGCUACAAAAGCUGAUGAAACUCAUCCUCAGUUCGUGCUGGUUCUUUGUAAUUCUAUUGGCACACCGCUGGAUCCCAAAUACAUUGAUAUUGUACCAUUAUUUGUUACAAUGACCAAAACCCAUGUGAUAGCAGCGUCCAAAGAAGCAUUUUAUACCUGGCAAUAUCGUGUGGCAAAGAAGCUCACAGCACUGGAAAUUAAUCAGAUCAUGUGGUCUCGAAAAGAAGGGAGAGAAAGAAUUUAUCAUGUUGAUGAUACUCCUUCUGGAUCAGUGGAUGGUGUGCUUGAUUAUAGUAAAGCCAUUCAAGGCACAAGGGAUCCGAUUUGUGCCAUAACUGCAUCUGAUAAGACGUUGAUUGUGAGUCGUGAAUCUGGCACCAUUCAGAGAUACAGUCUUCCUAAUGUUGGUUUGAUUCAAAAAUAUUCCCUUAAUUGUCAUGCCUACCAGUUAUCCUUGAAUUGCAACUCUAGUCGUCUUGCUAUCAUAGACAUCUCAGGAGUUCUAACCUUCUUUGACUUGGAUGCUCGGGUAACAGACAGCACAGGACAGCAAGUCAUCGGCGAGUUGUUAAAUUUGGAGCGAAAAGAUGUCUGGGAUAUGAAGUGGGCCAAAGAUAAUCCUGAUUUGUUUGCGAUGAUGGAGAAGACAAGAAUGUAUGUCUUCAGAAACCUGGAUCCUGAGGAACCCAUUCAGACUUCUGGAUAUAUUUGUAACUUUGAAGAUUUGGAAAUUAAAUCUGUUCUUUUGGAUGAGAUAUUAAAGAAUCCAGAACAUCCAAACAAGGAUUAUAUCAUUAACUUUGAGAUUCGGUCGUUGCGGGACAGCCGAGCGCUGAUUGAGAAGGUUGGAAUUGAAGACGCAUCGCAAUUCAUAGAGGACAAUCCACACCCCCGACUUUGGCGCCUGCUGGCUGAAGCAGCUCUUCAGAAAUUGGAUUUGCCCACCGCAGAGCAAGCAUUCGUGCGCUGCAAAGAUUACCAAGGCAUUAAAUUUGUGAAGUGCCUGGGCAACCUACAGAGCGAGUCCAUGAAGCAGGCAGAAGUGGCUGCCUACUUUGGCAGGUUCGAAGAAGCUGAAAGGAUGUAUCUCAAUAUGGACAGAAGAGAUCUUGCUAUUGGCCUCCGGCUAAAAUUGGGAGAUUGGUUUAGAGUACUCCAGCUCCUGAAAACUGGAUCCGGCGCUGCAGAUGACAGCCUCCUUGAACAAGCCCACAAUGCCAUUGGAGACUACUUUGCUGAUCGACAGAAGUGGUUGAAUGCUGUACAAUAUUAUGUACAAGGCCGGAACCAGGAACGCCUAGCUGAAUGUUAUUAUAUGUUAGAAGAUUACGAGGGGUUGGAGAAUCUUGCCAAUUCACUUCCAGAAAACCACAAGUUGCUUCCAGAAAUAGCACAGAUGUUUGUGAGAGUUGGAAUGUGUGAACAAGCAGUGAUGGCAUUGAAAUGUAAUCAGCCAAAGGCAGCAGUGGAUACCUGUGUACAUCUCAACCAAUGGAACAAAGCUGUUGAAUUGGCUAAAAAUCAUAGCAUGAAAGAAAUUGGUUCCCUGUUAGCAAGGUAUGCAUCUCAUUUAUUGGAAAAGAAUAAAACUCUCGAUGCCAUAGAACUCUAUCGGAAAGCCAAUUACUUUUAUGACGCUGCUAAGCUGAUGUUUAAGAUUGCAGAUGAAGAGGCAAAGAAAAGAACUAAACCUUUACGUGUUAAGAAGCUCUAUGUCCUAUCAGCUUUACUUAUAGAGCAGUACCAUGAGCAAGUGAAAAAUGCCCAACGAGGAAAAGUGACAGGAAAGAGCUCAGAGGCCACCUCUGCUUUGGCUGGUUUGCUGGAAGAAGACAUUCUGUCUACGACUAGUCGUUUCACAGAUAAUGCUUGGCGGGGGGCUGAGGCUUACCACUUCUUCAUACUGGCACAGAGGCAGCUCUACGAGGGCUAUGUCGACAUGGCAUUGAAGACAGCUCUUCACCUGAAGGACUAUGAAGACAUUAUCCCUGCCGUUGAGAUCUACUCUCUGUUAGCACUCUGUGCAUGUGCCAGUAGAGCCUUUGGCACUUGUUCAAAAGCUUUUGUUAAGCUGGAAUCUUUAGAGACCCUCAGUUCGGACCAGAAACAGCAAUACGAAGAGCUUGCUCUAGAAAUCUUCACCAAAUAUACUCCAAAAGAUAACAGAAAAUCCGAAUUGGACAGCCUUCUUGAAGGAGGGGAAGGGAAACUGCCAACAUGUGUUGCCACAGGAAGCCCCAUCACUGAGUAUCAGUUCUGGAUGUGCAACAUGUGCAAGCACUGUGUCCUGGCCCAGGAGAUAAGUAACUACAACUUCUGUCCCUUGUGCCACAGUUCAGUGGGAUGAAGAAGUGACAAACCGCAUAUAAUUGAAGUGUUUAUAUAGUAAGGUUGACUCCAUGUGUUUUAUAUGAAAAUCAGCAUCAUUAUUUCAGUUGUAUUUUCAUACAAAUUAUAUAUAUGUAAAAUACAUAAUGUAUACAUACAUGUGUAAAAAUACAACUAUUAAAUAAUGAUGCUGGUUUUCAUAUAAAAUGUAUGGAAAUCAGCUGAAUUGUCCACCUGUUUUGUCUAUCAAUCUAUCUUGUGAUACUAUGGAAAUAUUCCAAAUAUGAAAUUUCUUCUCACAGUGUCAGGGUUAAUAAUUCAUUAAAAAUCUUGGCAGGGAGAGAUGGGGGAAGCAUAGGAAUGGGGCAAAGUUGAAUAUAGGGAAUUGACAUAACCCGUAUUAGAAGUGGGUUAAACGACUGUAAUACUGCAGUGAGCACUGUGCGUGGCGUGUUUAACUAAAAAAGCAUUGAAAGGCUUCACUUCGUUUUCACAAGUGAGAAGGCAUUUUAAGACCUUUUUUUUUUUUUUUUUACAAUUUGAAUUAUUACUGUAGCUUUUUAUAUAGCUUGUCCUUUUUAAUCUACCCUUUUAGUUUCAUUGAAGAAACGGCAUUUGGCAUUUACUCUUCAUAUUUUUGUACAGAACACUUGGCUCUAUUUAUAAUGAUGUAAAUUUAUACAAAAACAUCCUGUUUGUAGUUAUGGUUUUAAUUGAAACAUUGUCACCAAGCUAGACCCUUCAUCUAAACAACUCUUGGGUUGUGGGGAGUGAUUCUCAAUAUGCAUCUGUUUUGACUUACUGUCAUUAAUUUGUAAUCAGUAAUGGGUAUUUUCUUACCUGUUUUAUGUAGCUAAUAAUGUUCUCCAUUUAUUUUUCAUGAACUUAAUGUCCUCUCAUUCUGUGGCCACAGGCCAGAUUUCAGCAAUAUUUCAUUAAGAGGAUUUGUUGGAGUUUGGCUGGUAUUUAGUAGAUUCAAUAAAGAGAAAUAUGCAGCAUUGUUACUGUAGCUUCAAUACUUAGGUUCCUUUUCAAUGUGAUAUGUUUUUGAUCCUUUAGAGAUGUGUUAAGCUUGUCACAGGUUGAGAAUCGGGAGCUGUGAGAAGAAAUUUAGAGCAUAAAUGAGUUCACAAUAGAUAGUGGGCUCCUGUGCCUGAAUAAAAGGAAAAGACCACAAGUUGUA